AUGCUGCCGCUGGUGCGCCCUUCUUGCGGCGUCGCGCCCGUGCCGCCGCCGCCGCCGCCCUUGCCCCCCUCCCGACCCCUCGACCGCGAGCGGCUGCGCACCCUGCCGCGCGAGGCGCUGCGGCGGCGGUCGCUCGCGCUGCCGCUGCGCCCCCUGUCGCGUCGGGGCGACGUCGGGCGGCGCGGCUCGCCGCCGCGGCCGCCGCCGCCGCCCUUGCCCCCCUCCCGACCCCUCGACCGCGAGGGGCUGUGCACCCUGCCGCGCGAGGCGCUGCGGCGGCGGUCGCUCGCGCUGCCGCUGCGCCCCCUGUCGCGUCGGGGCGACGUCGGGCGGCGCGGCUCGCCGCCGCGGCCGCCGCCGCCGCCCUUGCCCCCCUCCCGACCCCUCGAUCGCGAGCGGCUGCGCACCCUGCCGCGUGAGGCGCUGCGGUCGUGGCGGAUCUCGUGCCUGCGCCGGUCUCCGCGUCCCUCUGAACGAUGCUGGCCGUCUGGUGGGGAGCAUUCCCCUCGCUGA